CUCUACAACCAUCAAUUGCACUGUGUCUUUUCUCAACAUAAAGGAGAUGGCGGCCUCACUACUCUCCGCUACGGCGAAGUUGAACGAUCUCCUUCUAUCACGACAAGUUCAUUCAACAAUCUUCCCUUAUGCUUGGUUACCAACUUUACACGCAUUGCGAAUCGCAUUCAUUCAUACAAACUUAAAGGCAAAAGUCCAACAAGCACAAAAAGCCAAUCAAAAGUCCGGAUCAUCUCCGCCUCCUGCUCCUACAACAUUCGCAUAUGAUCUUGCUGGCUUUUUAAUCAUGGCUUGGGGAGGUGGCUUCUUGGUGAAUUUCAUUCUAGGUCAAACACCAAUGCAAUUACUCAGCAUUCAUCCAUUUUUGAAUUACGCAGGCGUGUAUGUUGUCAUUUCAACAUUGUCGCAAUUCGUCAAUUUACCAGCAAUGAAAAUGCUUGAUACUGCAUUCAUCUUUCUUGAUGGCUCGCUACGAUCACAUGCGGUUAUCAUGAGUGUGCUUACGACAAAAGCCAGUAUCAACCCGGCUGUUCAAAACAGUCUAUUUAUUCAAAUCUUAUGCGGUACAAUUGGCGCAACUGGAGGCGGGCAAUUGGCUGGCAUGCUCAGUGUCAUCUCUCCUCAAGGCUGGUCAUUCUCUACACCACCCUUCUUACGUGCGACAACAUUAGUUGAAGUGAUUGACAUUAUAGCAGCAAGUGUCUGUGCAACAGUUUUCGGAAUUACCACAUUAUCACAUCCCGCUUACUCGCCAGUCUUGGCAAGAGUGUACAACGACAACGGAAAGGCGCUUUUCACUCCAACAGGCGCAAGGGCAGCCUGUACGAUCAUCUUUGCUCUUGCUUUUGCUUAUAGAGCAACCGUCUUACAUUGGCUACCCGCUCCUUCUGCCGCACGUCCUAUUGCAAAGGCAAAGAUUGCAUCUUCGGAAGGUGUCUCAAAAUCUGCUAUCGAUUCGCCAAAGAGGAGUUCAAGUCCAGCAAAAAGACUACGUAAUAAAGCUUAAAAGUUAUAUGUACAAUAUGCUAUUGAACGCAAAUAUCAUCAAAGUCUGUGGUAGGAAUGCCGGCU